AUGCAAAGUUUACGUGACAAAAUAACAAGUAGUAUAUCACAAGAUGGUUUAUUAUUGAUGGGAUUAGAUCAUCAAUCCAGUGUGUUUUCCAGCGUUAGUUCAUGUAUUCUUAAGGCGAGCCAUAGUGCUUUCGUAAUCGUCAAGAUGCCGGCAUUAAUAAAUAAGUUGUCUCAAAACAAAGAAUUAUUACAAUUAAGCUCUACGUGGCAUAAGCAAGCUUUCAAAAUCCUUGAAGAUUUUUUAAAAUUUGUCACUGAAUUUUUAUCAUCAGCGGAUAAGCUCAAUACGGGAUACCAUGAGAUGCUUGCGAUGGACAUUUCCGAUGCCGAAACAAGCGCGUCAGAUUAUCCUACUCUCAAUUU